UCUAUAAACUAGAUUGCUAGUAAGUUUGCUAAAAUUAAAUUUUUAAUCGCAACAGAUUUGCUUAGUUCCUGUUUCGAAAUAAAUGAAACACUUCUAAUCAAGGCUUUACAUCCCCAAUAUAUUGAUCCCCCACCCUCGAUAAAACGAUGAUUCCCUCUCACCUUACUCCACUGCAUAUUUUAUGGAUUUUCCCCACGCGACGACUGCGCCUUCCUGCACAUCCCGACCUGGACCACCACACCAAAGGAGGGAGAAAGGGAAGCUCCAUCAGUGUGGCAUUGGCAUUGGCCCAAUUGAUUCGCCGUUUUUCCCUCCCCCACCGCACCGGGAGAGAGGGUUUAAAUACGUUUCCUUGUUGAUUCCCUUGUUCAGUUUGCAACGAGCGUUCCUACCUAAAGCGACGCGACGGUUUUUACCAACAAACGGUUCCUCCUAGUGUGGUUUAUUAAGGGUCAAAGAGAGAUGACAAUGACGACCGCAAAAGGCUACAAAGUGACGGACGCGGCACGUAAAACGAGAGUCGGGAUCGCCGUGAAGAGCCUCGAGGACCUUAAGAAGAAAACGAUCGAUAAGUUCAAGUUGCCCCACGCGGACAUAAACUUUCAGACCCCCGAUGGCACCCUGGUGGAGAGCGACGAGUACUUUCAAACGUUACCCCCGCAGACCCUGUUGAUUUGGGUUAAGCGGGGCGAAAGGGCGGAAACGGACGCGGAACUCCUCUACAAAACGAUCCGGGAGGUGAACGAGGAGUAUCUGAGCGCCGGCGAGAAAGUGCAGGAGUUUUUCACCGAGAAAAUGAAAACGAAAGUUUUCAAGUUGGCGGAGGUGCUCAAGGGCAUCGACUCCGACAAGGUGGCGCUGAGCAGUCGCGAGGAACAUCCCGAGUGGUUCGAGGGCCUUGACACGCGGUCAAAAUCAAAGGAAGACUAUAUGUUCCGCAGGGCCCAAGACCGCAUCCGCACUUAUUACUACAAGACCCGAGAAGAUCUGCACCACCACAACCGCCACCUGCCGCCCCACCAACUGAACCGCCUCCUCGCCGAUCUCCAGUCGAAGUUGAAACUGAACCGCUACCACGGGCACUUGUUUGAUCGGAGGGCCGCCCCUUCCGAGAACCAGCCGCCCCUGUGCGACCAUGCGGGACUGUUUCGUUGCAUGGGCCGUUGGGACAAGGUAAAGUGUCUUUACGAGCCGCCCCACCGGAUCAACCCUUACGCCAGCAGGGAGGAGCGGAUCGUGUUCCAGACGUGGAAUCUGGACCAUCAGAUCGAACGGUCGCGUAGCAUCGUUCCGGUUAUUUGCGAGGGUCUCGGUCAGGAGGCCUGUUUGGACGUUAAACGGAUUUACGAGGACCUCUUUACUCCUCGCAAUAUGAAGUUCGUACAUAUUGUUUGUCACGAUAAGGGGGCCCACAGUACUAAAAAGGCUGAAUCUUAUUUGAUUUGUUGAACGUAAGUAAUUAAGGGAAGAGGGUGGUUUUUAAGCUCAUGACUUAUAAUGUUCGGGGAAUGUGGUUUGAGGCUUAAAGUGCUUGGAACAAGGUUUUUUUUUGAGGUAGAUAUGCGGCUUCAAAUUUGAAGAUUAAGAUUUCAUGGUUCAAUGAAAUAAAAAGCAAAGUAUUCAGAACACUUUUCUCUAUGAAUUUCAUUGGAGGUUUAAACCGUUUGGGUCGAUCUAUCUUGAGAUAUUUGGCCUCAAAGUUACAAGUAACUUCUAUUAAAAAAAAAUUAUUAUUUAUGUAACAAGUGUGUAAAAUGAUCCUUUUUUAUGAAUGGGAAAAUGGACAAUUCCCAUGAAUAAAAAAAGGGUUUUUACACACGUGUGACAUACAAAUUUUUCAUAAAUCACUUGACGCACUUAAACGACUUUACGGUAAAAAAAAACGUCAAAACAUUUGUUGACAAACUAUAAAUUAAAUGUCAAAUAAACGUACACACCCUGGAAAGUGUGUAAAGUGAGUACUUUACGCACGCUAAUAGAAAAAAUCAUUUUUAGAGGUCUGUAAAGAAGCGGUCUUUCCUUUUCUACUAAACGUAUUCUGGUAGUUCAAUGAAACGAAAAACAAAACCUUCAGGAGACUUGUCUCUAUAAAUCCCUUUAAGACUCGAAUUAUUUAGCUCAACGGUUCUUGAGAUAUACAGGGUGUCCCAUAAAUAAUGGUAAAUCAUUUAACGGUAGAUUCCUUUGAAAAAAAAAAGGUUAAGUUAAAUUUUCUCAGUCCGAAAGUCAAAGACAAACAAGAUACGGGGCCAUAAAGUUAACGUAAUUUUACCAUAGAUUUUUCCAGGGUGAAGUACCAUUAUGCGAAGCAAAAUAAUAGGCGAAUGGUCCUGUUUACUUCGCAAUCUUUAUUUCAAAAAUCCCGACGCGUUUCGGUUGUUAAACCAUUGUCAAGGGAAAACUAAGUAAGUAAAAUAUAAAAGGGUGUUAUUAAACUAAUAAAUUAAUUAACCCAUUCAGGACGGUUGACGUACGCGUACGUUUUUCAAAGCGGACAUUGAUGGCCUGAUGUCGUACAUGUUUAGAGUUUAGAGAGGUUUUGAGUGAAGAACACUCGACUUGUUGCCUCGUGUUAAGUGCACUCCGUCCGAGAUCCACUAUGAGUCUCGCGCGGGUGGCCGCUUUUGUGCUACACUGUGGAGGUGGAAUUAACAACAACCCUAAACAUCAGAUUCGGGUUUUAUUCACUUCUUUAAAACUUCUCUAACUAAAACUAAAUUAACAAAAACAGAGAGAAUUUCUCGACAUAAAGCAAACGUGACCGACUGACUUGCACCUUUUUGACCAUUGACGUCUACGUGACAUCGGCAAGACCUCGGGUCGACUUGGUAGGGUGGAGCUGCUAGGCAGUGGCGCCACACAUGUACUACCUUGUAUGCAAUAUCUUGGGACGACUGCCGUACACAUUUUAGGGUUAAAUUAAUUUUUUUCUGGACUGGUGCCGUACAUGUACUGCUGCAUUACACAUCACACUUGGCCGAAUGCCGUAGAUGUACGUCAGUUAUAUCAUAUUUGAAAGACUGCUGCCGUACCAGUACGACAGUUAGAAAACUAAUUAGUAGCAGGACGACUGACGUGCGGAUACGGCAUUUUUUAAUUUUUAGGGGCAAGUAAAAGGCAUUUGUAAUUCACAUUUUUUUAAUUCUGGAACUCGUAGUAAAUAUCAAAAAACAAAAGUUGAUUUCUUAUAUAGAAAAUACAAAGAACAAACUAAAAACACAAACGAACGAAAAUACAAAUAACACAAUAUAGUUUUCUAUUUGCAAAACAAGGGUGCACACAAAGUGCAAUAUUGCAUUCUUUACACAUAAAGCGGGUAUCUGAGCGUUUUUUCUUUCGAAACUGUGCGGUGCCACAAACAUGGCAUCUUCUUUGUGUUCUCGAUCCUUGAGCUGCAGUUGGUGGAACGGGGCUUGGAAAAUGCCUUUCAAUUAAUCGAGCUGGAUUAUCAACACUACCAGGUGCGCCUCGUUUCUUCGUAGAAAUGGGAUAUUUUUCGAAUAUUUGAGCCACAACUUGCAAUCGAAAGUCUGAAAACGAUGGUUAAUUUCCUGUUUUGACUUGAAAUACGCAUUAUACAAGCAUAAGUCCAUUAAAUGGAAAAACAGUUUCUUAUACCACUUCAAUGAUUUUCUAGCACAAUCAACAAAACUAAUUUGCAUGUCUAUUUUGUCAACUGCUCCCGUCUUUAAAUUAUAUUCUAACACGCACUGAGGUUUCAAAACACGAUCACCAGUUUUACGAUCGAGUUUUCCGGUUUCCUUGAGGCAUGGCUUUGAUACUGAAGUUAACAUGUGCACAAAUUUCUUAUCAUGCCACUUCAGGGCUAACAUGUUUUCAGUGGAUGCACUCUCAACUUCUCCUUUUUUUAUGGGCUUACGAAACUCUAGCAUCCCCUUUCUGGUGGUUUUCACAGUUCCAGUUCCUCCGGUUUCUUGCGUCAUUAAGUACUCAAAUAAUUCUGGACUGGUGUACCAGUUAUCUACACACGAAAUAUGUUUUUUAUUAUAGUAUUCUUUCAUUAGGGUAUCAACAAUCUGUCCAGAUUUUCUCACAACUCCAUUUUCUGAUCCAUUAUAGUGGUUGAACCAGUGUAUAUGAGGCUAUGAGUGCAAUAUCGGACUAACCCACAAAAAUUCAAAAUCGACUUUAUUGUAGAACAUUAUCCGUCAAGUUAAAAUCUAUUUAAUGCACAGUGGACCAAACGACCUAUUCCUUUUCGUUACGAGAUGGCCGCACUAAAAUAGUGAUUGAACAUUAUUAUUGAUAAAAGUUUAAAGAAGCAAAGUGGACUAUCCUCAGUUAGUCCACUGUGCUGCUAAAAGUAAGAAGUUUAUGUGCUAGAGAAACCUUAAGAAAAGACACUGAACUGACAAAAAGUGGAGAAACGCAGCGGUUAUCUGUUUCGAUUUAAUGAAGACUCUUCCUACAUCUGUACUUAGCACAGGCAUUUGUUACUAUAAAAGGCAGUUAUGGACUUACUGCUUUAAUAUAUAUGAAAUGGGAACCAAUAAUUCGUUCAUGUUUGUAUGGGAUGAAAGUAUUGCUUCCAGGGGGCCGCAAGAGGUGGGAUCAUGUAUUUUAUAUUACAUAAAAAACUUUGUUACCUCGAAAAGACUUAUUAUGUAUUCUGACCAAUGUGGUGGUCAGAAUCGUAAUAUAAAAAUGUCAUUGAUAUGUAACUAUAUUACUGCAUCUCCAUUAUUUACUAUGGAAGAAAUAGAUCAUAAAUUUCUUGUAAGUGGUCAUUCCUAUUUACCAUGCGACCAAGAUUCCGGAAUCAUAGAAAAAGAAAAGAAAUUUCAUCCGCAUAUCUUUAUACCUCAAGACUGGCAGACAGUCAUAAGACAUGCUAGAAAAAAAUCCCUUUACCAUAAUAGAAAUGGAUAAGUCAAGAUUUUUUUCCUCUAAGGAACUAAUGAAAGUAACAUAAUAAACAGAAAAGUAUCUGAAACAAAAACAAAGGUGGAGUGGCUCAAAAUCCAAUGGAAAAGAUUUUCCCAAUACUAUUCAGUAUAAGUACUCGAAUAAUGAAGAGGUUUAUUUUAACACAGUAGAUCUUAAUAAAAGGAAAUCUUUUUUCAAGAGAUUAAGCAUCUAAGAAAUUAAGCAUCUGCGCCUUUUAUACCCAAAUGGUAAUGCCAUUAAUGAAGCUAAAAUAAAGAUCUCCUUGAGUAUAAUGGAAUUCAUCCCUCCUAUAUACCAAGAUUUUUAUAAAAAUCUAAGGUCAUCCGCUCAAGCAACUAGAUGUGAAGUAGCCCAAUUGAAGAAGAAGAAACUUUACGUAUUUAAUAACUACCUAUUUAAUAAAAAAAUAAAGUUUCUAUAUUUUUUUAUUUAUUCUCGUGACAAUACGAGUAAUACAGUUUUUGACGUAAUACUUAUAAUAGCUUAAGUUAUAGUAACCCAUUAAAAACCCAAUCUAUUUUAAAUGUAGAGUGGACUAAUCCACAUAGAAAAAUCGAAUAUUAGCCAUAUCCAAAAAUUUAAAACAAAUUCCGCAAAUUUAAGUAACACUCAACAACAUUCAAUUAAUUCGAACUACAGAAAUGUUCUUUUAAAAGGGUUUUGCGCACGUACAUUUUCGUACUUUUUUAAACCUAUUUUUUAGCACUUAAUAAUGUUGGGGUUAGUCCGUUUUUGCACUCAUAGCCUCAUAUAAUAAACCCCAAAAUGUAACCACUCUCCACGUCGCAUAUUUCAAAAAGCUUUAUACCAAAUCUAUGUCUUUUUGACGUUGAUAUAUUGUUUAAAAGAAAGCCGACCCUCCUGCCAUAAAAUUAAACUUUCGUCAAUACACAGUUCUUGGAACGGGUAAAAACUGGAACUAAAUUUAGUCUUAAUUUGUUCCACUACGGGACUGAUUUUUCUUAAAGCGCCAUCUUGAGGAUUUUCGCUACUGGAAAAAUUAAGGGCAUAUAGUAUCUUUAGAAAACGAUCUCUGGCAAAUACCGAUAGACCAGUAAUCUUUCAGUUUUGGUUUUUCAACAAUGCCCAUCAAGAUACACAAUCCAAAAAAUCGAUAAAGCUCUGCCAACUCUAUAUCUUUCCAUGAGGAUUUAUUUUCACAUUUUUUCUUACCAUAUAUGUUUGUUUCCUUGACAACGAUGAACAAAUGAACAUUUAUCGGUUAUACCUGAACUCGAAUAUUUUUGGUGUAAAUUCUUCAUCAAAUUUCCAAAUAAAAUCCUUAGGUAUUCUUUUUAGUUUCUGCUGUGGACCUUGUAAAUUGCAAAUAUCGUCAGUUUGUUGAUGAUUUUCUAUAUUUCUGUCUAAAACAAACGGCUCCUCGUCAUCGGAAGAGGUGUAGUGCUCACUUCCAAUUGGUUGAUACUCAUCGAGAGAGUCAUCGUCGUCACCGAUAUGGCCAUCGUCACUGCUAGAUUCUCCAUCCAUUAUUCUUUGCGCGCUUCACGAUCUAGCUCUCGUUGUCCAAGCCGUCCACGCAAAUCCAUCUUUCCUAUUAUUUAUAGUAAUAUAAAAACGAAACAUGUGUACUCUAAAUACUAUUAACUUUGUGGAAUUUUAUGUGAUAGUCACACGUGCUUUCUAAAAACGAUUAAAUGCGUCCGAUUUGCUACAAUACAAGCAACUGCACGCGUUCUCGCAGUCGACUGGCUGGCUGUACCACGCACACGUUCGACGCCAACCCAUAAAGCAUGUACGGCACCCGUCCCUACCACUUGGUUUCCUGAUGCCGUCCUAGGCGCGCGAUAAAUCGGCCCGUCCCGAAUGGGUUAAAAACAUAAUAAAACUUACAUGAUAUUAUCACAAUCAUGUCCAUAAAAAGGUUAAAAACAUCGACAAACACAUAACAUUACAAUACAUUAAUCUAAAAACAUCUCAACACACCGUAUGUUUACAAACAAUAACGGAUUUUGGUUAAAAAAAAAAAAACCGAAACGCCUCGGGAUUUUUGAAAUAAAGAUUGUGAAGUAAACAGGACCCUUCGCCUAUUAUUUUGCUUUGCUUAAUGUAAUUUUUUGAGUUUUGGCGAUAAUUUAAUAACCUAGUUAUUAAUAAAACUGGAAUAAUGGGUUUUUAUGCUUCAAAUCUUAAAACUAUGUCAUAAAAUGGCCAUUUCUCGAAAACUGCUUAAGGGAACUGAAUGAAAUAAAAACUAGAGCAUUCAGUACAUUUUUCUCUACAAAUUUCGGUUAACAGUCAAAUCGUUUCAACUGACUUUUCUUGAGAUAAUUGGCCUUAAAGUUGGAGUACCUAAAAGUGAAAAACAAGUCGCAAGUUUUAAAUGCUCUUAUCUACUAACCUCCUAAAUAGUGACAUUUCAAAGACACUUUUCUCUAUAAACUUCAUUCGAGGCUCAAAUUAUUUCGUCCUUGAGAUAUUCGACCUCAAAGUUGGAAUAACUUUAUAAGGGCGUGAGCUUUUCAAAAUCCCUUUUUGACCUUUUUUAAAUUAUCGACCUAAACCGUUUUAAUUCAGUCUUUUUGGGGCUCAGGAGGGACCUUUGUUCGUUCAUAUAAGCGUAGCACAUAUUAUAUAUUUUCAUAUAGAGGUAAUCUCGUAAUAGACGAAUAUUUUUGGUAAACGCUAUGAAGGAGAACCCAAAGGUGCAGAAAAUUUAGUGCAGAGGCUUUUUUUUUGGUUAUAGAUCGCUAAUUAGUUCAAAAUUGUCCUGUACACAAACUUGCACGAACUGCAGCGUUGCCACUAGUAAAACAAUUAUGAACCAACUUGUUGCAAGUUAUAUACUGUAUUGCCACAUAGGGCCUCUUAUUUAUGUAUAACCGUAUAAAUGUGCUUGUCAAAGAUGUGAUUAAAGUAGUGCUAACUUGUAGUAAAUGUUGUUAAACACAGUGUUGCCCGUUUCGGGGUAAGUUUGGCAAGGCUGUUAAAACAUAUUUAUAUAUAUAUAGUAGUGCUUCCAAGCCUGUAUACAAGUUAAAUAAUACGCUUUGGCUCUUAAUUAGGUAAUAAUCAAGGUGCUGUGAUUUUCAAAUGUUUCGUGACGUUACGCGUCGUACUCUACCUCCUAAGAUCGUACACUAUUUUUUAUCUAAAAGUUUACUAAAUUUUUUUUAAAAAUUCGGGAGCCCACAGGGUUAAAGAAUCGCCCCCUUCUUUGCGUUUUGUGACCUUAUGUUAAGCGACGCCCUGGUCCGGUUGGGCGUGGCCUUCCUCUCCCCCCACUGUUUGUAUUAAGUGAGCCCUUAAUUAAUUAAGAAAACUCAUAUCAAUGUUCGAGAAGUAGAAUAGAAAAUGUUGGAGCGACAAUAAAAACGUUUAAAAACCA